GUGAGGAACUGCUGGCUGCUGGCUGACUUACCCGCGCAAAAUGUUGGUGUUAGUUUUGGCUUUUGGGUUUGUUAGUACCCUCUCUUUGCUACCCGUACGAGGGAAGAUGUGUAGCGCCAUGAUCAAGGCUGCACCCGGUGAUGAUCUGACCGCGCUUCGUGAGAAGGCUUUCGCGGCUUUCAGAACCGAGUGCCGUGGUAAACAAGGCAAUCUCAACGACACCAAAUCUUGCUCGUUCACUUUCGAGCCGACCCGGCCUCCAGUUGCCACGUUCAAAUUGCAGCCGCUGAGGGCGCCUUUCCGGUUGGACUUUGAUGUGAAGACCCACUACGAUGCCGUUAUAGUCUUUGCGGAGGAAAAGACAGAAACAUCUGUCUUUGCCUUCAUCAGUAUUGGCGGCUGGAGCGGAGAGAAGUCGGCCAUCCGAGGCUGUUUUUCGUAUGACGUACCGGAAUGCAGUCAGCUGUUGGGCGGGCGUUCAGAGCACAUCGAGGGAGAUAUCGUCAGUGGCACUGAAAGUCGCCACUUCUGGAUCGAGUUCAAACACGGCGUGGUGACCGUCGGCAAAGGAGGACAGGAGGAGGCUUUCUUGGAGUGGGACGCUGCUGCGUAUCAUCAUCGCAUCAUAUCAACACCUGUAUACGUCGGAAUAAGUGCUUGGGGUUCAGUAGCCUCGGACUGGGUGUUCCAUCAAUUCUGUGAAUAA